AUGCUGGAUACAUUCUGCAACUCUACUUUUUGGAAUUCUUCACUGCUGGAUAGCCCAGAGGCGGACCUGCCACUUUGUUUUGAGCAAACUGUUCUGGUGUGGAUUCCCUUGGGUUUCCUUUGGCUCCUGGCCCCUUGGCAGCUUCUCCAUGUGUAUAGAUCCAGGACCAAGAGAUCUUCUAUAACCAAACUCUACCUUACUAAGCAGGUUCUUGUCGGAUUACUUCUUAUUCUAGCAGCCAUAGAGCUGGCCUUUGUACUAACAGAAGACUCUGGACAAGCUGCCGUCCCUGUCAUUAGAUACACCAAUCCAAGCCUCUACCUGGGCACAUGGCUUCUGGUUAUGCUGAUCCAACAUAGCAGGCGAUGGUGCGUGCAGAAGGACUCUUGGUUCCUGUCCCUAUUCUGGAUCCUCUCAAUACUCUGCAGCACUUUCCAGUUUCAGACGCUGAUCCGGCUGCUCUUACAGGGCAGCGAUUCCAGCCUUGCCUACUCCGGCCUGUUCUUCAUCGGCUAUGCGUUCCAGAUCCUGACCCUGGUCCUGUCAGCAUUUUCAGAAAAAGAUGGCUCAUCGGAGAAUCCAUCUCUCACGGCUUCAUUUCUGAGUAAAAUUACCUUUAGUUGGUACGACAGCAUUGUUCUGAAAGGCUACAAGCAACCUCUGACACUGGAAGAUAUCUGGGAUGUUGAUGAACAGAGUAAAAGCAAGAUACUAGUCAGCAGAUUUGAAACGCACAUGGCAGGGGAGCUGCUGAAGGCCAGGCGGGCACUCCAGAGACGGCAGCAGAACGCCCGGCACUCCAGAACCAGGCUGCAUGAUCUGAACAAGAACCAGAGUCAAAGCCAGGAUGUCCUAGUCCUGGAAGAAGCUAAAAAGAAAAAAAAGAAGUCUGGGACCACAGAAGACUUUCCUAAGUCCUGGUUGAUCAAGACCCUCUUCAAAACUUUCUACAUCAUAAUCCUGAAAUCGUUCCUGCUGAAGCUGGUGCACGACGGGCUGCUGUUCCUGAACCCCCAGCUGCUGAAGUUGCUGAUCUCCUUCGCAAACGAGGAUGACCCCUAUGUGUGGAUUGGGUAUCUCCUUUCAAUCCUCUUCUUCACUGUGGCCCUCAUCCAGUCCUUCUGCCUUCAGUCUUACUUUCAACUGUGCUUCACGCUGGGCAUAAAAGUACGGACAACCAUUAUGGCUUCUGUAUAUAAAAAGGCACUGAGCCUAUCCAACCGGGCAAGGAAGCAGUACACCGUUGGAGAAACAGUGAACCUGAUGUCUGUGGAUGCCCAGAAGCUCAUGGACGUAACCAACUUCAUCCACCUGCUGUGGUCAAAUGUUCUGCAAAUUAUCUUAUCCAUCUACUUCCUGUGGGUAGAGUUAGGACCCUCAGUCAUAGCUGGUGUUGGGGUGAUGUUGCUCCUAAUCCCAGUUAAUGGGAUAAUUGCCACCAAGAAUAAGACUAUUCAGGUAAAAAAUAUGAAGAAGAAAGAUAAACGUUUGAAGAUCAUGAAUGAGAUUCUCAAUGGAAUCAAGAUCCUGAAAUAUUUUGCCUGGGAACCUUCAUUCAAAAACCAAGUCUACGACAUUCGGAAGAAAGAGCUCAAGAACUUGCUCACCUUUGGGCAGAUGCAGUCUUUGAUAAUGUUUCUCUUAUACUUAACUCCAGUCCUGGUAUCUGUGGUCACAUUUUCCGUUUACGUCCUGGUGGAUAGCAAUAAUAUUUUAGAUGCAAAAAAGGCCUUCACUUCCAUCACCCUCUUCAACAUCCUACGCUUUCCCCUGAGCAUGCUUCCCAUGUUGAUCUCCUCCAUGCUCCAGGCCAGUGUUUCCACAGAACGGCUGGAGAAGUACUUGGGAGGGGAUGACUUGGACACUUCUGCCAUUCGACAUGACUGCAAUUUUGACAAAGUCGUACAGUUCUCCGAGGCCUCCUUUACCUGGGACCAGGAUUUGGAAACCACAAUUCGAGAUGUGAACCUGGACAUUAUGCCAGGCCAGUUGGUGGCUGUGGUGGGCUCUGUGGGCUCUGGGAAAUCCUCCUUGUUGUCGGCCAUGCUGGGAGAAAUGGAAAAUGUCCAUGGGCACAUCACCAUCAAGGGCUCGAUAGCCUACGUCCCACAGCAGUCCUGGAUCCAGAACGGCACCAUAAAGGACAACAUCCUUUUCGGGUCAGAGUUCGAUGAGAUGAGAUACCAGCAAGUCCUAGAGGCCUGUGCCCUCUUGCAAGACUUGGAAGUGAUGCCUGGAGGAGACCUGGCUGAGAUCGGAGAGAAGGGUAUAAAUCUCAGUGGGGGUCAGAAGCAGCGGAUCAGCCUGGCCAGAGCCACCUAUCAAGACUCAGACAUCUACAUCCUAGAUGACCCCCUGUCCGCCGUGGAUGCCCACGUGGGAAAACACAUUUUCGAUAAGGUUUUGGGUCCCAAUGGCCUACUGAAAGGCAAGACCCGACUCUUGGUUACACACAGCAUUCACUUCCUUCCCCAAGUGGAUGAGAUUGUGGUUCUGGAGAACGGCGCCAUCUCAGAGAAGGGGUCCUACAGUGCUCUGCUGGCCAAGAAAGGACUGUUUGCUACGAAUCUGAAGACAUUUAUAAAACAGACGGGCCCUGAGGGAGAAGCCACAGUCAAUGAGGAUAGUGAAGAAGAAGAUGCCUAUGGGCUGAUGAGCAGCGUGGAGGAAAUCCCUGAGGACGUGGCCUCCUUGACCAUGCGAAGAGAAAACAGCCUUCGUCGAACACUCAGCCGCAGAUCGAGGUCCAACAGCAGGCAUCUGAAGCCCCUGAAAAACUCCUUGAAAAUUCAGAAUGUGCAUACCCCGAAGGAGGAGGAGCAACUAGUAAAAGGACAAAAAUUAAUUAAGAAAGAAUUCAUAGAAACUGGAAAGGUCAAGUUCUCCAUCUACUUGAAAUACCUACAAGCAAUAGGAUGGCAUUCAAUUUUCUUCAUUGUCUUUGCCUAUGUAAUUGAUUUUGUGGCUUUGAUUGGAUCCAAUCUCUGGCUCAGUGCUUGGACCAAUGACUCUAAAACCUUCAAUAGCACCAACUAUCCAUCCUCUCAGAGGGACCUGAGAGUUGGCGUCUAUGGAGCUCUGGGAUUAACGCAAGGGUUAUUUUUGCUCAUAGCGAAUCUCUGGAGUGUCCAUGGUUUCAUCCAUGCAUCAAACAUUCUUCACAAGCAACUGCUGAAUAAUAUCCUCCGAGCACCCAUGAGUUUUUUUGACACAACACCCACAGGCCGGAUUGUGAACAGGUUUGCUGGUGAUAUCUCCACCGUGGACGACUCGCUCCCCAUGUCCUUGCGCAGCUGGAUUCUGUGCUUCCUGGGGAUCAUCAGCACCCUGUUGAUGAUCUGCAUAGCCACCCCCGUCUUCAUCAUCAUCAUCAUUCCUCUAGGCAUCAUUUACGUGUUAAUUCAGAUAUUUUAUGUGGCCUCUUCCCGCCAGCUGAGACGUUUGGACUCUGUCACCAGAUCCCCACUCUACUCUUUCUUCAGUGAGACCGUGUCGGGUUUGUCUGUCAUCCGUGCGUUUCAGCACCAGCAGCGAUUUCUCAAACACAAUGAGGUGUUGAUUGACACUAACCAGAAAUGUGUCUUUUCCUGGAUUAUCUCCAACAGGUGGCUUGCAGUUCGCCUGGAACUGAUUGGGAACCUGAUUGUCUUCUUUUCAUCCCUGAUGAUGGUUAUUUAUAGAGACACCCUUAGCGGGGACACCGUGGGCUUUGUUCUGUCCAAUGCACUCAAUAUCACACAAACCCUGAACUGGCUAGUAAGGAUGACGUCCGAAGUCGAGACCAACAUUGUGGCUGUUGAGCGAAUUAAUGAGUAUAUAAACGUGGAAAACGAGGCACUCUGGGUGACUGACAAGAGGCCUCCAGCAGGCUGGCCCAGCAAAGGGGACAUUCAGUUUAACAACUACCAAGUACGGUACCGGCCUGAGCUGGAUCUGGUCCUGAAAGGGAUCACUUGUGACAUCAGGAGCCAGGAGAAGAUCGGUGUGGUGGGCAGGACCGGAGCCGGGAAGUCGUCCCUGACAAACAGCCUCUUCAGAAUCCUCGAGGCUGCAGGUGGCCAGAUCAUCAUUGAUGGGGUAGAUAUUGCUUCCAUUGGGCUCCAUGACCUCCGAGAGAAACUGACCAUCAUCCCUCAGGAUCCCAUCUUGUUCUCUGGAAGCCUGAGGAUGAAUCUAGACCCUUUCAACAGCUACUCAGAUGAGGAGAUCUGGAAGGCCCUGGAGCUGGCUCACCUCAAAUCCUUUGUGGCCAGCCUGCAACUUGGCUUGUCCCAUGAACUGACAGAGGCGGGCGACAACCUCAGCAUCGGGCAGAGGCAGCUGCUGUGCCUGGCCAGGGCUCUGCUUCGGAAAUCCAAGAUUCUGGUCAUGGAUGAGGCCACUGCUGCAGUAGAUCUAGAGACAGAUCACCUCAUCCAAGUAACCAUCCAGAAGGAAUUCUCCCACUGCACGACGAUCACCAUUGCCCACCGGCUGCACACCAUCAUGGACAGCGACAAGAUAAUGGUCCUAGACAAUGGGAAGAUUGUGGAGUACGGCAGCCCCGAAGAACUGCUGAAGAAUCCUGGCCCCUUUUAUUUCAUGGCCAAAGAAGCUGGCAUUGAGAAUGUGAACAGCACAGCAUUCUGA